CAUAAAUAUAAAGAAAAUAAUCAAGGGCACAUUGUUAAUGAGCAUGGGUUUGAAUCGAUGGAACUUUGUAUUGAUAAAGAGCUUUUCGCUAUCAAAACAAUAAGCUCCUGUACCCAGUUUUUACAGAAUAAACCUUCUGAAAGAUCUUUCAGCCUGAUCUAG